CCGACCUGGACCAUGAGCAAUGAUUUGCACCUUUUAACACGUCUUACAGAGAACUCCACUGAAGUGCCGGUGUCGGCAGACGGGGUGGAGAACUAUGUGCUCCUGUUGGUGCUGGGUGUGUUCGUCGGCGGGACGCUGGCUCUGCUCUCACUGCUGGUCCUCUUCUGCCACAUCUGCUGCCUGGGGGGACGGCGCUACUCCAGAGCCAGUGAAGACCCGGAGAAAACCAACACCACCUAUGUUGAAGACUCCCAGCCGACUCAAGAGAUCACCAUCCGUCUGGACGAGUCGGAUGCCUUCUCGAUGCCGAGCUGUCAGGAGGGAGAGACGGAGCGCUUCGUCUCCACCGGGUCCACUGGCCGCCGGGUGUCCUUCAACGAGUCUGCACUCUACGAGCAAGAGAAGAAGACGGAGGACAAGGGCCGGAGGUACACGCUGACCGAGGGGGACUUCCACCACCUAAAGAAGGCGCGGCUCACCCACCUCCACCUGGCCCCCACCCACGCCCCCUCCAUGAAGAUCCACACCAUCACCGAGUGUGAGUCCACGGAGAGCAGCGUCGUCAACAUCAACGAGUUGCCGGGGGCCAGACUGCCCCUCACCAUCUACCAGCCUCCUGAGAGAGGGGAGGCCCUCGGCUGGGUGGGCCAGUCUCUCAGUGGGGGCCUGCCUGGAGACCCCCAUCACUCGGUCAUCCUGGAGCAGGGCAACCGACAGAUCGCACAAGCCGCCAAACUCCAGCACACACACUCGCUCACACUUGAAGCCCUCGGGGACGGGAGAGAGGAGGAUAAUAAGAGGGGACCUGUAGAGCAGUGGGAGGUGUCUCCAGCCCAGGCCUCCGUUCUGCAGUUCUUUUCAAAGCUGCGGCGGCACGCCAGUCUGGAAGGGGCGGGGCCUUACUUCAGGAAAUGGAAAUUUGACAGCAGCCAUCGAGCAGCAAGUCUGGAGGCCAAAGGAUCCCCUAAGCGGAGGCCCUUCCAAAGACAGCGAGCGGCCAGCGAGACUACUGAUCACACGGAUGAUGACUCGUCCUCCCUGGGUGGUGACGUCACUGCACCCCACCCUCCACCUCACCUCCAAAGUGGUGGUCUGCAGUCUCUCUCUGCUGAGUCUCUCACACAGGCCUCAACCCCCUCCUCUACUUCAGCUUUCCUCGACAGGCUUGAGGUGGAGGCCAGGGCGGGGGUGGAGGUAGGUGUCAACAUCACAGGGGGCACAAUAGACUUCCCCUUUCCAAACUACCAAUACGCCAAGAGGCCGGAGCAGGACACAGGCGAUGGGGCAGAGGAGGGUUUAGUGGUGGACGCCGAGACAGAGGCGAAUUCCAUGUUUGCUGUAGCCACAAGGGACAGAGAAGCAAGAGCACAACUAGCAACUCGAGACACUGACGCAGAAGAGGAUGAAGAAGACAACCUGUUUGUUGAACAUGAGGAGUUAGGCAUCCAGGGAAAUAUCAAGACUGCAUCUCAGAGCAACACUUUCCCAGGGGUCAGUUCAUGUGAUGUGAUCUCACAUGUGAAGAGAGAGCAGACGCUAGAGGCAGAGGAAGGGGACGAGGAGGUUCUUGGAGCCGAGGCUCGGAGAAGGACAGACUCGGGUUCCUCUCUUUCCUUUCUGCUUAACCAGGAAAACACUGAGAUGCCCCACUCCCUGUACCGAGACAUCUGGAGCUUGCGGGCUUCCCUUGAGCAGUAUGCCUCCUCGGACCAGAGCAGCACGGAUCGGGAGUCCAUACGCAGUGAUGCAGACAGCCUCUCCUCCCUUGGAGCUGCGGGAGCUCGCUACGGCCUGUCCCAGGACCUGGGCGAUGAGCCGGAAGUGGAUGGGGAAGGAGAGGGGUUUGGAAGUGCGGCCGUAGGGGAGGGGGAGGCUGCGGCUGGGACAGCAGGGGAUGUGGAGGGCGGGAACCGUAAGCUCCUUCAGAUGGACAGUGGAUAUGCCUCUAUAGAGGCCCCAUCGCGGGGCCCCGAAGAUCUGCGGCUGUUUGGGAUGCCUGGAGGCUCUCGGGGCAAGACGGCAUCAGAGAGGAGAUUGUUCUUCACCAACUCUGGGAGGAAGGGCUCGGUGUGUGAGAGCUUCGAAGCCAAGGCGUUCCAGGAGGAGCAGGAGGAUGAAAUGACUGGUUACACAGACGCAGACAAGAGGCUAAGAGCGGCAGCUAAAGCCGGCAGCCAAUCUCUCACCAUCAAGCAACCCUCUCAGCCCGGGAAGGUGACUUAUAUCCCGAAUCCUCUGGAAUCACUUCACCUGCAGUCCAAGCCCACUUCUCCGCUUGUGAAACCACACUACUCUAUCAUUCCACCGCCGUCUCCGACCCACCGGCCACGCCUUCGCCGCCGUGACUACAGCAUCGACGAAAAGACCGACGCCCUCUUCAACGAGUUCCUCCGCCAUGAUCCGCGCUUCGACCAGCAAGGCUCACCGCCACGGGCCAGGCAUCGGUCCAGGGUCCAUCUCCGGAAGCAGUGGCAGAGGCACAAGCAAUACAGCGACCCUGGGUCCGGCACCGGGGGGAGGUACUCCCCGUCCCUGGAGAGACAGAGGUUCACUCCCCUACGGAGAGGGGACAGCGCCGGGUACCCUCUGGAUACAAGAUACCACAGCACCCUGUCCCGAAUCGCCAGCGCCGCCGACGAGGAAGCUACCGAGGUGGCAGCGUGUGAGGAAGCGAACCAAGCGGGCAUCGAGGAGGAUAACAACUUACACAAAAGAAGGGAUUCACAAGAAGAUGUAGGAGGCGUGUCCAAAGCAGCAUCUGAGGACAUUGAGGGCUCAAACACUGGUGUACAUUCCACAGAGCCAAUACACAGGGUCACCGAUAGUGAGGUCAUCGACAUGGAGGGUGAAACGGAGGCCAAUGAACGCACCUCGAGCCGCUUGCCGGACACUUUGCAUACGCAGCCCAGUCACAUGGAUCCAAGAGUCGGCAACCAAAACAACAACAGCAGCCAGGCGAUCAAAUCCCAUUUCCCUUCCCCAGAGAAGCGCGGAUCCGGCAAUCUGAUCACAGAUGUCAGUUUUGUGGACCCAGCACCCCUCAUGCCCAUCCUCUGCGGCCAGAGUAGCCUGACAGACAAGAUGGCAGUUUCCUUGGAGGAGAUGCUCUACUCUGGGUUGAGGAAUGCAAAGCCUGGUGAACUGGGCCUGGGAGAGCGCCAAUGCGCGGUAGCAGUGUCCCAUGUCUCCUCCCCUGAUAGGAGUCCUGUAUAGAUUGGCAGCCCCCCUCCUCCGCUAUAAUUAUCUGUUCAUUUUCAUAUCCAUUUCUGUGAUUGCACUUUAAAGAUGCGUCUUACCUUGCAGGUCAAUUCCUUGUGACAUAUUCAUUCCCCAACAUGUUAAAUUGACCCAGAUGUGGAUGCACUACUAUACAGUACAGUCCCCUAGGACGGACACCUAACUGUUGACCAGUCGUAUGUCUCUUCUAGAAUUUCCAGUUGUAUCCACUGUGAACCCAUGUUCAGUGACAUGUAAAUUACCCAUUUUUAUAUCAACUUUAUUCUAUCGUCAUAUUCAUGCAUUCAUCUAUAUAUUUAAAAAUAAAUAUAUGCUCAUGGCAAUUUAAUCUCAUUUGCAGAAUAAGUGAAAUAGGUCAUAUUUUUUCAACAUUGUAAGCAUGCUGCUUGUAACCAAUGUGGAAGUGAAAAAUAGUUUGAGAUUUAUAAAGCACUUUCCUCAUGAGAAUAUGUUCAUCUCUCCAUGUUGCUUCAUCAAAUUCUGUCCUCACAAGUGUCUGACUCAUAAGGGUAACUUAAGAUGAUGAGAUGAUGUAUGUAAGUUGUCAGCAGUCGACUACAGUCAAAGUAACAUUAUAUUAAUAUCUAAAAAACGAUCUAUGCUUACUUUUUGCCAAUUCACUGCGUCAUUUAUUUUAUUGCCACAUUGUGUCAACAAAAUAUGUAAUUACAAUACAGAAAAGCGGCAUUCAUCACUAAAUUAAAAGAUGUA